AUGCCGACUGCCACUACAUAUUUUGGCAUUGGUCUCAUCAACAACGGUCCACUGACAACGACAUAUACGCCUCCCGCAAGCUGCAUAACUGCAACGACGGACCAAAUCUUCUUCGCGCAUCCUGACUCUAUCACAAUCGGUUACGGAGCCCCAACAUGUGAAACUACUUCGAUGGGGAAAUGUCUCCCAUCCGGUUCCAAUUAUGACAAGUUGUCCUCCUACCUCAACGAUCACGGAGGUGAAGAUAUUAUUGACUAUUAUUCUCCUGACAUCGCUUGUCCAGAGGGCUGGACUACAGCUGGCACCUUGGCGCAUGGCAACCAAACUGGUUCAGUUGAGAAGAGAGGCGUUUUUACGCAGACAAGGAUUGCGCCGCCAGGCGUGUCGUUCAUUAAUCCCAUUAUGCUCGUGGAGCGAGUAUGGCUUGAUGCACUGACUCCCUCUGAGACGCUGGCAUAUUGCUGCCUAGCUUUGCAAACUCGGGCGUAUUUCCAGUAUGACGAACUUGCGGUUGUUAGACGCUUUCCUGCUGUGAAGCUUGUAUACAAAGAGUCGGAUAUGAAGCUAACUGGGGAUAGAGAUGAGAGUAGCGAUGGGGAAAAGAGCGGCGAUGAUAAGAAUGAUGACGCUGGGGAUGAGGAUGAAGAUAAUGGAGCCUCGAGUAUGCUGAUAAGUGGUGGGCUUUUAUCCAUUCUUGCGGUGUUAUUUAGCAUGCUCAUCGGCGCUGGAUUGUUUAUCUUUUAG